GUCAAAUAAACGUCAAAGCGUCAAACUCAGUCAAUAAAUGUCACUGACUGUGCUGCAGUUCUGAGUUCUGUGGAGAACAAAUACGUAUUUUUUUAAUAAAUUGUUCAAAUGAUUAAAUUAGACGUAAAUUAACUGAGAAACUGCGUUCUGUUCAAGAGUGUUGGAUAAAAUAUAUAUAGAGACUGUUUGUGGUUUAAGAGAAAACAUUCCUAUGCAUACAUUUUCGUAGAAGCGUUACCUUGAGUGAAGAUGGAUCCUAAGCAAGAUACUUUUAAUGAAUCGGUGUCAACAAUAAUUGAGAGAAAAGUUAGAGGUUGGUUAAGUGGAGUAAUUGACGACAUGAGGCGCAGUAGCCCAGUACAACAGUGGCUUGAUUCCUUGCCAGCUGAUGCACCUGUUGAGGCUGAAACCACUGGCGAAGAGGUGAAAGUCACUGAGCCCAAGUCUGAUGACAGUAAAGCAGAGGAAACAGUAACUGAGAACACAGUCAUUGAACCUGUCAAAGAAAAGGAGGAAGAGGAGCAAAACUUGGAAGUUCGUAAAGAAGCAUGGAAAAGAAAAUCACUUGAUAGUGCUCUACUCACUAGUACUCCACAGAGGACCAAUGUCAAGAGAUUGCAGCGGCAUUCAAUACAAUCAGAAGGAUAUUCUCCUAAGUUUAAGAACCCAUUACUUAGAGAUCAUUCUCUCCAGUCUGAUAAUAGUGGAUCGAGUGGCAGCUCAGUGUUAAACGUAUUGGGAGCACGAAAGGUUGAUGCAGAGUCAGUUCUAAUAGCUCUAGGCUUUGGGCCAAGUGAAAAGCAGCAAAAAUUGCAAAGGAUACCUGACAGAUUUUUAGCUCCAUCCAAACUGAAAGGCAUCAGCACAGAAGAUUUUAUCAAGAAGGAACAACACUCAAUGCGCAUGCACGAUUGUGGUAUAUUCGGGUACAGAGGACUGACAGGGAAUCCUCAUGUUCCACCGUCGACAAUUGUAGCUAAAAUAAUUGGUUGCAUCCUUCAAGAUGAAGUUUGUCGUGAAGAGGCGGUAAUAAAAGCCAGACAUUCUAUAGCUGAUAUGCGAACUCAACCUAAUCUUAAUGCUAUCCUCGCCGCGCGCAUGCGUAACAACUAACAUAGCUAUGACGAAAAAAAAAACUUAUAUGUCGUGACCAUGGCUUCGCUCUCUUCAUGAAAUGCUAGUUAAGUUCAUGAAGUGGUCGCAUUUCAUUGUUUUUGUGUCUCUUGGCCACAUCAUCAUGUGGUUUGGUGAGGUCGAGCAUGGUCAACAUUACACGGAUGCGGUCGGUUUAGAUUAUUAGGUUUUUGUUUUUUAACCAGUAAAAAAAGUAACACCACUUUGGUAUCUCCGCUUCUAAAAAGGACUUUUGGAUUUCCAAUAAAUAUUUUUAAAGUCCACAUCCUGAAAUACGACCAUUUCAUGAAAUUAUCCAGCAUUUCAUGAAGUUAGCUAAUAUGCCAACGACUCAUCCAAAUGUUAUUGAUUUCUGGUGUACAUAAUAAUAAUAAAUGAUUCGUUAAACGCUUAAUUGAUUAAAAAAUCUGUGCAAUAAGUUUUCAUAUUAGCUCAAAAUUAUUCUAAGCUCAAAUAAUUGGUGAAGGGUGUUUUUUCGUAGGUAGGCACACUUACUUAGAUAUCAUAAAAAUAAAAGACUAUAAUACCAUUAAAUGGAACAAAUAUAAUGUAAUUGUGUUGAUUUUAAUCACAAAACUAAAUCACAAUCUGUACCUUAUCCGUAAGGCUAAAUACUAAAAAAAUGCCUUAGUCAUAAUAGUCAGUUUCGUAUAUUCCUUUUAAAAUAAUAAUAUACCUAAAUGUCUAUGUGUGAUUUAAAAUCGUGAUAAAUAAGCUAUUUGUAGACAGUUAAUUUAUGUCUGAAUGUCUCUGAGUAAUGAACUUUAAGAGGCCAAGAAAUAAUCUUAUUGCAAUACAAAAAUCAGAAUGUAUAGAUAAAAUAUUCUUUAUUAAAUUAUUAAAAACAAAGUACCUAGUAGUUAUAGAAGACUUACUUCGCAGUUGAUCAUUUUGAUAAUUAAACUUAGAUAAGUAAUUCAUUUCAGUUCGUAAGUACUGCGUAAAAUGUUAUUGUAAAUCCUACUUGCGCGUGAGUGUGGACUGAGUACUUAUCGUUUGAUAUGCUAUGUGAAUAGUUCAAAUACUAAUGUAGUUAUUUUGUGUCUUAGAUACCUACUUAGUCACAUAAGAGUCAUAUCAAACUUGCCUGACAUUAAGAUAAAAAGCAAAACAAUUAUCUAAAAUUGAUUUACUUACGAAAGUUAAUAAUGAAUAUUAAUAAAUGUAAUAAUUUUCAUAAUACUUAAAUUAAUAUUUAUUGACUUAUUAAAACGUUGACGAGUUGUUUAAGCGAUAAUAUUAUGAUCUUUCAAUUUCUCUUUAGUAUAGUUUGUACAAAAAAUAUGCUUUGAUAUAUUAAUGAAAAUGUUCUAUUAUUUCAGAGAUAAAACUAUCUACACACUAACAUUGUAGGCUGUAUUACCAAAGCAAAGUUGAAUUUUAUCAAAUUUUAUUCAAUAUGGUUAAGCAAGUUGUCAAUGUAACUUUUUAUAUAAAUAUGGUUCAAGAAGUGUUAAUGCAUAUAUAUUUUAGCAGUCAUUUCAAAGUAAACUUAUACGUAACGAAAUCUCGAGAUCGCUCGAGAUGGAUUAAGACGUGGAGUAUUGUCUUUAGCCCUUUUCUUAUUAUGUGUUUUAUUAUAUUGUAUUUCAUAGAUCUGCUUCUUUAACUAGUGAUUAUAGAGAUAAACAAUUGCUUUAAGUAAUAAUGACAUAUCUUGGUAUUUAUGUAUUAAAGCACUAAUAUUGGCCAAUCUCCGUGUUCAAAUAGAUAUGCAAGAACAAAAUGUAAAAAAAACUACCUAUAUAUUUAAUUACCUCCUUACAUAUAUUGAAAUCAUAAAUAGAACUAGGUAAAUAUUUACUAAUUUAAAUCAUGACUGUUAAAGAUGAAUAAGUUUUAUUUACUUGUGCCUUAUCUAAAUGGGUACUUGCAUAUUUAUGAAAAGUCAAAUCAUUCCUAUGUCUAGCGCAUUUUAUGUGGGCGGUAAGAAUCAUUAUUCAAUCAAAAGUAAUGAUUAUUACCUUUGUGUACGCAGUAUGUGACUGUUCCUAACCAAAGUUUUUAAGUCUCGGAAAGCGAUUGAAAUGCAUCUAGUGCACGCUAAUUUUCGUGUAUAAAUCAAUCACUUGCAGAGAAAUUAAGAACAACAUUCCUAUAUGAUAGGGAGUGAAAAUGUGUCGCUAGCCAUCAGAACGCGAGUUGUUAGAUGAGAUCUUAAUAUUAGGGGUUAAAGUAUGAAAUUGCCGUUUUAUUCUAGUAGGUUUUUGAAUUGCCAUAGAGUCUUCAUGGUUUGAGGUUUUCGAAUGGAACUUUUUUCACGUGGUUUCUGUGAUGUUCUUCUUUUAAAAAAUGUGAAACAUUUGAUUAUCGAUGUUCAAUUGUUUUUGUUAUUCAACUUAAACAAGAAAGAUGGAUACUGCGAAAAUUUGAGUAAUUUUUGAAUAUGAGUUCCGACCCGGAAGUAAACGGCAGAAACAGCCCGCAAUAUCAAUGCUGCAUUUGAAGAGGUGUCUGCUAAAGAACGCGCCGUGCGAUUUUGGAUUAAACGCUUUCGUGGUGGAAACUUCGACUUGAAGAACGAGCCAUGAGAAAGACCGCCUGACAGGUGAUUAACGAGAAAUUAAGAGAGACGGUGAACGCCGAUCCUAGUCAAACUACCCAGAUACCCAGCCGAACACCGAAUAAUGUUGAAAAAAUUAGCAGUAAAACAGCCACGACUCAUGAAUCGACCUUCACCGCUAUUGCUCCAUGACAACGCGAGGCCUUAUACAGCAAAAUAAACCGUUUUAACUCUUCAGGAACUGCAGUUGGAAACUAUUCGUCUUCCUCCAUAUUCGCCAGACCUUGCUCUAACGGACGACCAUUUUUUUUUGUGAUUUGGACAAUUAUCUACGUCACAAGAAGUUUCUUCCCAGGAGGCAGAACAAAAUUCUUUCACACUGUUUGUGCAGUCUAGAUCCUCAGAGUUCUAUCGUAAAGGCAUAAAUGACCUUCUUAUUAGAUGACCGCAAUGUAUAGAUAAUAACGGCAACUAUUUUGAUUAAAUAAGUUUGUUAAAAAUUUUAAAAAAAUACAAUUUAGGUUUUCAGUACAAAUCGGCAAUUUCAUACUUUAACCCCUAUUAUUAAUUUAUGUAUGUUAUUUAAAAAUGUAAGGUAGCGUAGCGAUCAUUCAUUUCCUGAACCAAGGUCUGCAAUUGUGCACCGGCCUUAAACUAUUGUGAUGUUUGUUAAUGUGACCUGAUACUGAAAUGUCAUAUUAUUUUUGCUCAUUAGAUAAAUUAGGUACUUAAAUGUUUAACUUGUAUUAUUUAGAGAUCUGAGUGUGUGGGAUCAAAAUGUAAAAUAAAAUUCAGUAAACUACCUACUAUUUUCUGGA